CGUUGGACACCUGUGGGUCUGAUUAACGGCCGGGAUAACAUGCUACCCGGCCGCAAACCUCUCAGACGGUAAUUAUACCUGGAUUACGAUUGCAGUCUGUGGGGAUGUAGAAUAUUCCAUUAUAAUUAACGUUACAAUUCUUCAAUACAGGUCUUGCUGUACAGAUAGAUGUUGAUGCUGAUUAUUGGGUCUUAGUGUGAUUUACUAUGUGAUACUGCCCUGUAGAUAUUUACACAGGCUAACAUCCAUGGUUGGGAUCUACCCGAUGAUCUGCUCCAAGAAGUCUACCUGACAAGUGACGAUGGCUGAAUGCUGCCCAUUCCCCUAUGUCAAGGGCUCUUUGAUUGCUUUCAACGUUAUUUUCUGGUUUUCUGGACCAGCUGUACUUGGACUGUCUAUUUGGUUUUAUCUCACGGUAAAUAUGUACAGUCCUGUCCUUGAUAUGACGUCAUACAAUACCCAGUCCUACGUCAUGAUUGCUGCUGGAGGCGCCUGUAUCGUUUGUGGUAUAUGUGGCUGCUUAGGUGGUGUCAACGAAAAUAAAUUGCUUGUCUGCUUUUUCAGCUUUUCCCUUGUUGUGAUAUUUGGAUGUCAGCUAUACACGUGCGUCGCUUCCUUCUAUAUUUAUGACAAGGUUGAUAUAGAUGUUUCAAAUGACCUGAACUAUAGUAUUUACCAUCUAUAUCACUAUAAAGAUGACACGACUGCUGCUAUAGACAGAAUUCAGCGAGAGUUGUAUUGCUGUGGGUAUCGUGAUUAUAUGGACUGGCGGUCAACUCUGUAUUACCGCGAUGUCACCUUAUCGGACGGUAGAGGGCGUGAAGUGCUGCCGACUUCAUGUUGCCAUGAUCCAGCGGACGUGUCAUGUAACGUACCAAAGGGCAUACCACCAGAUCUAAGCAGGGUAUAUACUAAAGGAUGCAAUGUUGUGUUAAAAGAUUGGCUCAAAAGUAAGCUGUUGAUAUUUGGAUGGGGUGCGUUCGUAUUUUCCUCAUUUCAGCUCCUAGGUAUCGUUCUCUCCUGCUGUAUGUAUAAGGCUUUAUCGGACCUGUAUCAGUAACCCCGCUAAGCGCUCACGUGGUAGUCACUCUGGUGGUAUAAUACAUGCUGUUGGAUGCGCCCUGUCGGAAUUGUUUGAACUUUCUCCUUGUUAUAUGUUUUGUUUACCGCAUACAAAUAAUCUGUUCCUUGGACAAUUUUAGUUCAAUGUCUCAGUGUGGUGCAAUCGCGGUCAAAGAGCAUAUUUUAUUGAACGCACCUAUAACGAAAAACGUAGUCCUUGGACGAAUGUGCUCGGACAUAAGUAGUUAAGCGAAGGUUAAUGUGCUAGGAGCAAAUUGUGAUGCUCGAGUCUUCCUAUCUCAAAAGUAGUGGUAGUAGGCCUAAGUAUGGCUAACAAAGUACGUUAUAACUUACGAAAUUGACCAGAAAUGCUGUAUGCCGGGACAUUUUCGCUGCAGUUUAAUUUUCGCCUUUUUCGCCCUCAUUAAAGAGGGCGUAUUUAUCAUUACGGUGAAAAUAAGUAAACAGCAUAAAAACAUAGUAGUCAAAUAAGGGCGAAAUAAACACAGGGCAAAAAUUGAAUCCAUGGGCUAUGGGCGAAAGUAUGAUUAGGCGAACAUUUCGCGGUAUACAUUAUGAUUCGUUUUGAAGAGAUGUAUUUCGGCAAGCGAAUUUGCUUAAGUUCUGUAGAAGGGAACUCCCAGCUUUUUGUUUAUAUCAGAAUUCUGAACUCGGUUCUGCAGUUAAUAAUAUUUAAUUUGGAUGUCUGUUUUAGAUAUUUUGAACGACUUAAUCAUGUUGAACGUCAUUUUUCUCAGAUUGAUAUAACCGUGAUUCAAAAAUAUUUGUUUGCGGCUUCUUAAAUAUGUUUAAGAAACCAAAUGAGUGGAUA